GCGCGCGAGCGGAAGGCGCUCGGAGAGGCGGAGUCCGGCGCUUGGGCCUAGACGCCUCCCUCAGCUAUGGCGCGCUUCGGCGCGGGCUUCGCCUACGACGACGACGGGGAAAGCCUGGCCGCCGGAGCCGGAGCAGUAGGAGCCGGAGCCGGGGGACUGGGAGGCUUCGGCGGGGGCGACCGGCUGGCCCGUCAGCAGGAGCGCCACUACCAGCUCCUCUCCGAGCUGCAGGCCCUCGUCAAGGACCUGCCCAGUUCUUCCCAGCAGAGGCUGUCACAUACCAUCCUCAGUGACUUGGCCCUGGCGCUCAUUGAUGGGACGGUCUUCGAGAUCGUCCAGGGCCUGCUUGACAUCCAGCACCUGAUGGAAAGAAACCUCUACAACCAGCGGCUCAAGCUUCACAAUGAGCACCGAGUUCUCAAGCAGGAGAUGCUAUAUAAGCACAAAGAAGCCCAGCAAGGCUGCAAGCCUCACAACUUGCCUCUUCUCAAAGCAGCUCAGCAGAGGGAGCUGGAGGCCAUGGAGCAGCGGAUUCAUGAUGAGCAGCAGAUGAUGGACGAGAAGAUUGUCCUGGAACUGGAUCAGAAAGUUUUUGACCAGCAGAACACCCUGGAGAAAGCUGGCGUGUCUGGCUUUUAUAUCACGACAAACCCGCAGGAGCUGACUCUCCAGAUGAAUCUGCUGGAGCUGAUCCGAAAACUGCAGCAAAAGGAAUCGCAAUCAAGAAAGCCUUUCUCUUGAGCAAAGGACAGAAGGGCACAAUAACUGCUCUUCCCCCAUCUCCCUCUUUUCUAGCCACGAUCCUCUGUGGGAGUUGUGCUGAACGAGAUUACUCAGUGUUUUUAUAUAGAUAUAUAAAGGCUGGCACAGCCAGUUCCCUUGCCAGUCCUCAGAAGAAAAGAGGCUCAGUGGGGUGGGGGAAGGAGAGUUGUCCCCUUUUCAGUGUGGGGUGGAAGCAAGCUGUCUAACAGCCAAGGAAGCC